CUGUAUGAUUCGUGGCGAUAGGUCUGAAGAAGUUGUUCUCCGAUGAAGUGCCGAUCUGUUGCUUGUAUAUGGUCAGAGUCUCCGCCGGUUCAUAAAGUCACCGCCACCGCCGUACUUGACCGGCCUUCGACUCUCUACACCGGCGGAUCCGAUGGCACCAUCUUCUGGUGGAAUUUAUCGUCAACUAACUCCGAUCACGACAUAAAACCGGUUGCUAUGUUGUGUGGUCACACUGCACCAAUAUCUGACAUGGGUAUCUGUUUCCCUGCGUCGACUCUAGGAGAUGAGAAAACAACCGAUUCAAGUAAUGUGGCACCAAACUCUAGUUCAGUUAACUAUGGUUCUCUAAUAAGUGCGUGUACUGAUGGUGUAUUGUCCAUUUGGGGCAGAGACAGUGGACAUUGCAGCCGCAGAAGGAAAAUGCCAGCUUGGGUGGGGAGUCCAUACAUGGUUCAGCCAUUACCUGAAAAUAGGAGAUAUGUUUGUGUCGCCUGUCGUUUCAUUGAUCCUCUUAAUUCAUUAGACCACCAAUCGCUAGAUUCCACUGAUGCUGGUGAGCCUUCGACGAAUAGAGAACCACAGGACAAGAAACCUUCAAAAUGCACAGUUGUAAUAAUUGAUUCGUAUACAUUAACCAUAGUGCAAACUGUGUUUCGUGGUACUUCAUCUGUUGGGCCUUUCAAGUUCAUGUCCAUAGUGACACCCAUUAGCGAUAUGGAGAGGCAAUCGGUGUUGAUGGCUGACUCAUUUGGUAAUGUGCAAUGUGUGUCACUACUUAAAGACACUGAUCGGAGUGAAGAUAUUUUAGAUGACCUGCAAAAGAAUUCUUCUCACCUCGAAAUGUCCGACUGGCUUCAAGAAUCCGGUGAAGGGGAACUUCCAAUUUCCUUUGCUGCUUCUGGGCAGGUUUUAGCGAUUCUUUUUAGGACGUAUUGCGUAUUUAAGCUGGUGGAUGGUAGUGCUAAGGUUGGAGAGAUUUCCCUUUUAGACGAUCAACUUUGUCUUGAAGAGGGUAGUCUUAGUCAAUAUGAUGUUACGGGAUGCCUGUUUCUUGGGAAUGCUUAUGGUAGGAUGGUGCCACUUGCUGAGGAAGACCUGAACAUAUUUAUAGAAACUUUUGCUGUGUGGAACAACAAAGGUCAUGUAAUUAUGUAUACCAUAUCAUAUUCAGGAAAAACUUUCAAAUAUGUGCCACUAUGUGUAGUCCCGUCUGUUUCACAUCCUCCUAAUGUUGAAUUAUCUUUUUCUUUUGUUCUAAUAAAUCGAAAUCUUGUUCGUAUUGAAUCAACUUGCCUCCACACCGAAGAACUAGUGCAUUGGAAACCCUUGAUAACAAUAUGGGCAUUGCCUGGAAACAGUGAAAAGUUUCAUCAAGAAUGCAAAUUGGUCGGGAAAGGAAGCUAUUUUGAUGAGUGGUUUGUGGAUCCUGAUUCUCCCAUCAAGCAUGAGGACAAAAGGGAUGUCGCAAAGAAUGUGAUUGGUAUGGAUACAAGUGAAGGAAAACAAGGCCAUUUUAGUAGAGAAUUCUUGGUCACUUCUUCAAUGGUUAUUUCAGAAAAUGACUCCUCCCCGUAUGCAAUAGUUUAUGGGUAUGACAGUGGAGAAAUAGAAGUUCUGCGGUUCAAUAUUUUCUCUGAAAAAGUGGAUGCUUAUUGUGGAAGUCCACGUCAAGAGGUAGAUUCAUGUGCAUGGAAGCAAUAUCUUUCAGGCCACACAGGUGCCAUUCUAUGUCUGGCUGCACACCAGAUGGUGAGUACUUCCAGAGGAUUCAACAGCAACAUUUCUUUAAUCUCUGGUAGUAUGGAUUGUACAAUACGUAUAUGGGAUCUUAACUCCAGCAAUCUCGUUACAGUGAUGCACCAGCAUGUACAACCGGUGCGCCAAAUAAUUCUACCCCCGCCCCACACUGACCGUCCAUGGAGUGAUUGCUUUUUAUCUGUUGGAGAGGACUCAUGUGUUUCUUUAGCUUCACUCGAGACUCUGCGGGUGGAGAGAAUGUUUCCAGGACACCCAUAUGUACCUUCAAAAGUAGUAUGGGAUAGUACACGAGGCUAUCUGGCAUGCUUCUCCCUGAAUCAUUCAGCAACAUCUGAUGCAUCUGAUGUAUUGUACAUUUGGGAUAUAAAGUCAGGUGCUCGUGAGCGAGUUCUUCGUGGUAGUGCUGCUCAUUCGAUGUUCGACCAUUUCUGUAUGAGCGGGAAUAAGAAUUACCUUUCUGUAAGUUCCAUGGAGAGGAACACUUCUACUUCCUCAUUGCUUCUGCCAGUAAUUGAAGAUAUACAAGUUUCACAGUGUCAUCCAAAUAAUCCAGAGAAAGACAUUGCUUUAUCAGAUUUCUCUCAUGCCUCUACAAGGAUGACUCAACAAGGUCCCUACGCAAACAACACACAUCCAAUUACAUGCUCUUGCCCUUUCCCCGGGAUUGCAACACUGACUUUUGAUAUGACAUUAUUGAUGUCCAUUAGAGCUGCAUCGUUUGAAAAGCAAAGUGAUGCUGAGGCUCAGACCCCCAGAAAACGCUUGGACAGAAUCAGUAGCCUUCUGAAAGAACAGGAAGUCGAAGUGCCCAGACCCUACCAGGUGAGUACAAAUGGUGCAGAUGCUUUACAAGAAACCCCAGCGGAUGCUAUAGAAUACGCUGAUUGGGCUCAUUCAUUAGAAGGAUGUCUAUUUCGGUUCAGCUUGUCGGUUUUGCACUUGUGGAAUGUCGAUUAUGAGCUUGACAAACUAUUAGUUUCUGAGAUGAAGCUCAAGAAACCUAAGAAUUUCUUUGUAGCUUCAGGUUUGCUUGGGGACAGAGGGUCUCUCACGUUGACGUUUCCUGGUCCAAGGGCAACCCUAGAGCUCUGGAGAUCAUCAUCAGAGUUCUGUGCAAUCAGGUCCUUAACUAUGGUAUCCCUUGCUCAACACAUGAUUAGCUUGUCUCAUUCGUGUUCCACAGCAAGCAGUGCUUUAGCAGCAUUUUACACACGAAAGUUCGCAGAGAAAUUUCCUGACAUUAAGCCACCUUUGCUCCAGCUUUUGAUUAGCUUUUGGCAAGACAAGAGUGAACAUGUGCGAAUGGCUGCACGUUCGUUGUUCCACUGUGCUGUUUCAAGGGCCAUUCCUCGUCCCCUCCGUAACGAGAAGUCCUAUGACGAUGAAUCAAAGGGAAGCACAGAAAAUAGAUCAAUAAAUUCAAGCAUGGCGGAGAAUCUCCAAGAAAGUGUGACAUCUGAAUGGCAGGCAGAAACAGUAAGAACGUCUGAAAUGCUAGCAUGGCUAGAAUCAUUUGAGCGUCAAGACUGGAUAUCUUGCGUAGGGGGAACAAGUCAAGACGCAAUGACUUCUCAUAUUGUUGUUGCUGCUGCUUUAGUUGUUUGGUACCCAAGUCUCGUUAAGCCCGGUCUUGCCAUGCUAUGCAUACAUUCACUUGUGAAGUUAGUUAUGGCCAUGAAUGAAAAGUAUAGUUCCACUGCAGCUGAGAUUCUGGCAGAAGGUAUGGAGAGCACUUGGGCUGUGUGCAUAAAUUUGGAAAUACCUCGUUUAAUAGCGGAUAUAUUCCUGCAAAUUGAGCAUGUGAAUGGAGCAUCUGCCAAGCCAACACCACAUGGUUCAUCUACUUUUGAGAUUCGGGAGUCUUUGGUUGCAAUUCUUCUACCCAGUUUAGCAAUGGCUGACGUGCCGGCUUUUUUACAUGUGAUAGAAAGACAAAUAUGGUCUACUGCAUCUGAUUCACCUGUUCAUAUUGUGUCCCUCAUGACCCUCAUCAGAGUAACUCGUGGUUCUCCUAGAAAUUUGGCUCCUUACCUUGAUAAGGUGGUCAAUUUUAUUUUACAGACAAUGGACCCUGGCAACUUGGCCAUGCGCAGAAGUUGCUUACAAAGUUCAAUGGCGACAUUGAAGGAAGUUGUGCGUGUUUUCCCCAUGGUAGCCUUGAAUGACUCAUCUACUCGAUUGGCUGUUGGUGAUGCAAUAGGAGAUAUAAACAAAGCUAUCAUCCGUGUAUAUGAAAUGCAAAGUAUGACAAAGAUAAAGAUCUUGGAUGCUAGUGGACCUCCUGGACUUCCAACCUUGCUUGGAGGAGCCUCUGAAAUGACUGUAAAAACUGCAAUUUCAGCCUUAAGCUUUUCACCUGAUGGAGAGGGUUUGGUAGCUUUCUCUGAGCACGGUUUAAUGAUCCGAUGGUGGUCUCUUGGAUCCAUGUGGUGGGAGAAGCUUAGUCGGAAUCUUGUUCCCGUUCAGUGCACGAAAUUGAUUUUUGUUCCUCCGUGGGAGGGGUUCUCUCCUACUUCCACAAGGUCGAGCGUGAUGGCAAGUGUAAUGGGUAAUGGGAAGCAGGUUAAUUCACAGGAUAAUUCAGGGGAGUUGAGCGAAAUGGACAGAUUGAAAGUCUUGCUCCAUAAUCUUGAUCUGUCGUACAGGUUAGAAUGGGGUGGUGGAAGGAAAGUAUUACUCAAGAGACACGGCCAGGAGCUCGGAACUUUCCAAUUAUAACCCUGAACAUUUUAAUACUUGAAUGAGGGCAAUGGAAGGAAAUUAUGGUUACUCAGGAGACAUGGCCAGCAAGGAGCUGGGACAACUUUCCAAUUACCUUGUAUGCAACUCUAAUGUAAAUGGACAACUUUGCCCCUGGCUCCCGUGGGUCUGCAUUUGGUUAAUCUCUUUCGAAUCUCUUAGAUCUCAUGUCAAUAUUGGUCGGUUGCAUUAGUUUUGUUAAACAGGAGAUACAUGUUUUAGGCAAAACCAGCCUUCGGGAUCAUGCUGCUGACCGGCUAGGGGUAUUUCAGGUAUUUGCUAUAUUUACCACAUCUUUAGUGCUUAUAAAUGAUUCAUUGAUUGCCUAGUUUUGCUGCUUAUGGGAUUUUUGAAGUUAUAAAUAUACCCUUGAGGAGUUUUGGAGUUAUGAAAUGUCAAAUAUACCCUUCUGCUUCACUUGCAUAUGUUUAAUGCUUUUGUGUUUGGAGAGCCUUUGGAUUUGUUUCUUCACAUUGCAUGUUUGAUUUCUUCAGCAUAAAACUAUUUC